AUGACACGAGAGUACCGGUGCAUCAGCAACAAGCGGCGGUCCAGUCGAAGUAGAAGUCAAAGUCACGACAGGGCCAAGCGGGUGGAUACCAAUCCUUACUCGGGACGUCGUGGCUGGUUCGCUGAGGAGUAUGAUCCCGUUCAGAUUGGCAGCAUUGAUGGCACGGACACGACUCCGCACGACAAGGGCCUGGUACGGGCCAUGAAUGCCAGAUUCGACGCCACAAAGGACCCACAGAUCCACGGCGACCCGUACGCGACGCUGUUCGUGGCUCGAUUGUCAUUCAGCACGGCAGAGUCAACAAUCCUACAGUUUUUCAGCAAUUACGGUCCUAUCCGCCGACUUCGACUCGUGCGGGACAAGAAGACCGACCAGUCCAAGGGCUACGCGUUCGUCGAGUUCGAGCACGAGCGGGAUUUCGGACGAGCCUACAGGCACGCCCAUCGACGCGUGAUUGAUGGAGCUACUUUACUGGUAGACUUUGAACGGAGCAGAGUUAUGAAAGGGUGGAAACCUCGGAGACUUGGCGGCGGUUUGGGUGGCAAGAAGGAGUCUGGGCAACUUCGCUUUGGCGGACGAGAUCGACCAUUUAAGCUGCCCUUGGGAAAGCGUUAA